CUUCAGAUCCAGACUUUAAUGACUCGAAUCUUCAAUUCCAUCUCCAUCUUCGCCCUCUUCCUCUCCGUCAUCAUAUUCACCUAUCUCAAAUUGUACACCUCUGACCAGGUCAAAGUUCACAUCUGCCUUGCCAUCUCACUGGCCUUGGCCCAACUGGUGAUGUUGUUCAUGGGCCAGACCGAACAUAAGGGUAUCUGUCGGGCCAUAGCUGGUAUCAUGCACUAUUUGUUGACGGCUUACUGCAUCUCAAUGAUCCUUGAAGGGACACUGCUUCACCGCAAAGCCUCCCGGACUCACAAGGCCCCAGCCAAGGGUUGGGUGAUCUUACUCUGCGUUUGGGGCAUUCCAUGUGUGAUGAUAGCCGUAAUGAUGGGAAGUGUGAUUGAUGGCUAUGGUGGUGAAUGUGCCUGCUGGUUGAACGUGCAAUACGGAACCAUGUGGAUUUGGCUUGCAGAGGUGUGUCUUGUCGUAGCGGUUAACACCGUUCUACUGUCUCUGAUCAUGCGCACAUUUAUCUCUCUCAAGGCGAACACAAAGAAGAGCGAAAAUGACAGACUCAAGGCUACAGCUCGUGCUUUGUUGAUCAUGAUGCCUAUGAUGGGAAUGACUUGGAUGUUUGCUCUGCUACAAGCUUCGUUCAAAAAUGUCUUCUUGCAGUGGUUAUUCAUCCUACUCAACGCACUGCAAGGACCCCUGUUCUUCGUGUUUCAGUGCAUCAUGCAUCCAGAGGUCCAGAAGGUAAUCGGCCGCAAGCGCAAGACAGUCGACUCGUCCAAGUGGGCCAUGAAAACCUCGACCACUGGCAUUGGUCGAACCGAGUUAACGGGUAUUUCUCAUGCCACAGAAUCCAAGCUGGGAGAAGUUCAUUAA